UCUGUGAUUCAAUUUUGUAUCGAAGACAAACUGUCAUGUGAACGAUAUCAAAUGCUUUUUUUUCUUUUCACAAUUUUUCCCCUGCUCUGCCAUGCCUAUCAUCCUGAUAAAUACAUGAAACCGGAAUUUUCCCCCUACUGCAUCUUCAAGGAUUACCGAUGCCGGACAGUCUGUAGCUGUGAAAUAACAAAAAACUGCACCCUACUACCUAUGGACGAAUCCAUCAGAAAAAGCAUUUUAUACUAUCACAAUCAGAUACGGCAAAUACAGACGAAUGGUGAACCUGAACCUUCUGGCAUGACGCUGUUGCAGUAUGACACGCAGCUGGAAGACUUAUCAAAAUGUUGGGCAUUAAGAUGUGACAACGAGUACUCCACUUGCUUCAGGACAACAAGAUUCAAUGAAACUUCACAAUCGGUAGUCCAGUUGCUCAUUGAAGGUGAACCAAAACCUAUUAGUUUCUAUUGGGUGCAGAUUUUGAGUUUCUGGGUUGAAGAGACGAAAUCAAUAUCAGUUGAUGUCAUAGAUUCCAUGCCUGGUGGUGAAAAAGGCGAUAAAAUGCAUAACUAUGCUCAAUUAUUAGGCGAUAAUAUAAGAUUCGUCGGUUGUUCUUGGAGCCAUUCAAACGAUUCUUUGAUAUUCGUGUGUACUUAUGGUCCCAGAGGGCCUGUGUAUGGUGAACCGAUUUAUAAACGAGGAAAACCUUGUACUACAUGUCCGGAAGGUUAUGGUUGCGACGGUACUAAACCCUUCCAGAAAUUGUGCAAGGAAGGAGGGGGAGUUUUUGAAAAUAUGACGUCAACAAGUGAAGGAACACCUCCUUCUCCUCCUCCAAAACCGCCAACAACGAUGCCGGCACCACCUCCAACUCUACCGCUGACGACAAUAUCUUCACCUUCAACAUCAUCUUCACCUUUACCUUCAUCGUCACCAGAAAUACCUCCAAGUCUACCAGUACCAAUGGUACCUCCAUCUUCGUCACCACUUAUAUUACCUCCAACGUUACCGCCAACUAUAGCACCUCCAACUAUUGCUCUUCCAACUAUAGCUCCUCCAACUAUAGCACCUCCAACUAUAGCACCCCCAACUAUGCAGCCAUCAACAGUUCCACCAACUUUACCUCCGACAACAGUUCCACCAACAACGAUUUUUAUUCAGAAAGAUCCAAAUGCGCCUCCUUUACCUCCACCAAUUCCUGGAAAAACUUGUAUGGAUCCAUCUGAUUGCACAGAAUCAACUCUAUUCAAUCAAGAAGCACUCACUGUAACUCCUGAAUAUUUACCAAGACCAUUUUCACAGCUCUCAUCAAGUAGCAGACCCUUCCAAUAUCAAGGAGUAUAUCCUCAAGGGAGCCCUCCAAUUACUCCAGUAUAUCCAGGUACAUAUUUUGAGGAUACAUUUCCUACUGAAAGAAUAGAACAACCCUUCACGGACAAAAAAUUACCUCCUUUCAUAUUUCCUAUUUAUCCCGGAGGAAGAAGUCCGAUAAUGCAACCGAUGAGUGAAAUGAAGUUACCACGUGAUUAUUCUCCCUUAGUACCUCUUCGCAAGAAACCACAUUCGAGCAUGAUGUCGUCUGCGUUGUUAUUGAAUCCGAUUCAACCAAUCCGUUCAAAUCCUUCACCGUUCAUGGGCGAUAAGAAUAGUUCAUUUCAUCUCGCAAGAGAACUGGAUACUCAACCUUCCCAGAUGGAGCCAUUAUAUCUUCCAAUUCAGGAAUCUGCUAGGGAGGAUCAACUUCGCAAUUUUACAUCCUCAGGAUACCCAGCAUCUCUCGUUGGUGAUUUACAAGAGCAACCUAAACUUGACGGAGUACCUUCAAGUCAACCAACACAACCAAUUGAUCAGCAGUAUUAUCCAGAAAUGAAUACUCAGAAUAUUUUUGACAAAUCGAAAAAUGGCCCAGAACUAGAGCAAUUACCUGCGAGUCGAUCAGUGGAAAAAUCUACAUCUUUUUUUUAUCCUUCACCACCUCAGCAACCUCAAUCCCCUCAAACACAAGUUCAAUUGGUAGAUCAAUCUUCGACAUCAAUGCUGCCUACAAAUCCUGUUUUGCUUUCUCCUAGAUCUGCCGUCAGCAAGAGUCCACCUAGAUCUAAUGUUGAAAAUUCAAGUAAAGUCCACUCUUCAUGCAAAAUAUUGAUUUCAACCUUGAUAUUUAUAAAAAUUAUUAAAGUAUUUGAGUAAAAAUUGUAACAAUUUGAA